GGUCCAUAGAUCGAGUAACAUUCGGCCCGUUUGGUCCAUUCGGAGAAUAUAGACCAAUUCCUACCCUACUCCACUCCCCUCCACUCGACUCACCCUAGACAACAUCUGGCGGAUUUAUUCCUGUAAUCACUUCCGAAAGGUUCAAUAAAUCUGCAAAAGGUACAAACUUUAGAACCAACCCUUUUCAAAGUGGUACUUCUGAUUUCAUAUUUUGUUUCAGUUUCAUAUAUUUGGGUGAAAAAUAUAACAUGGGUUUGGGUAUAUCUGUGUUGAUAGCAAUGAAAGCAUCUGCCCUGUUCUUGUUUUUUGCCUACCUUUCAAGCAUUGGCUUCUUGUUUUCGUCAAUACCCUUUUUAUAUGCAUCUUUGGUGUCAAUGUUGGUGUCAAUUGCUUCUCACCCAUCUAUUAAUUUGCCUAUGCUUUUGGGGAAGAGAACAGAUGGGACUUUCCCAAUUUGGUCUAGAAUUAUGUUCUGCCCUUACUUGUAUUUUGUCGAACUUUUUUCUGCAUUGAGAAGGUUGAGUAGUGGGGAAGCUCCUUAUAGUGAAAUUUGUGAGGGUUUGUAUGUUGGUGGGUGGCCUUGUUCGCCUGAAAAGUUGCCGCCCGGUAGCCCUGCCAUUAUUGAUUGCACUUGUGAGUUUCCGAGGAAUUUGGAGUUCUCAGGGCAUGCUUAUUUGUGUGUUCCUACUUGGGAUACGAGGUCACCUCAGCCAGGUGAAAUUGAAUCGGCUGUUAAGUGGGCUUGUAGAAAGAGAGCUCAGAAAACGCCAAUAUUUGUCCAUUGUGCCUACGGCCAUGGACGAAGUGUUGCAGUCAUGUGUGCGCUGUUGGUAGCUCUAGGUGAGGCAGAAGAUUGGAAAAAUGCUGAAAAGAUUAUCAAAGAAAGACGGCCUUAUAUUCAAAUGAAUGAUCUCCACCGCAAAUCCUUGGAUGAAUGGUCGAAGCACCGGCUAUCUACUCCUAAACGGAAUGAAGAAACAGAUGCAAGUCCUGUAAUUUUGCCCAAUGCUUCUGGACGCUCUCGAUCAGAUAGGUCAGAAAGAAGAAGUUAUUGAUCAUCUUCUUUAGUUACAUUGACUAUUAUUAUUGUCUUACUCCUGUUCGUAGAGGAGGACUGUAUUGUUGACAUUACCUUUCUUUCUUCUAAGUUGGCUACAUUCUGGUGUCAGUUUCUGUAUUGGGCUUAUCAUUAUCACUAUGUAGUCGUCGAUAAUUUUAUGGUCAAUUGAACCAACUGCUUGACUGAAAGAAAAUACACAAUGUUCUCACCAUCUCA